AAUACUACGCAUAUAUCACAAAAAUAUCGAACAAUCCUUCUUCGAUAAUUAUAUUCCUUCAAAGAUCUAAUCUUCAUAGAUUCAAUCAACCCUAUUUUUGGGUAACGUUAAUUCAUUCCAAUUCCCUCAAAAAAUCCUUUUUUUUUUUUUGUAUAUAUAUAAUUUUGGGUUUUGGGAUCAGUGAAAAAUGGAGAAAGUGAUGAACAUUUUGAAACCGAAACCAAAUCCGCAACAGUUAUUAAGAGAUUGGCAACGUAAGCUUCGACAAGAGUGUCGAAACAUUGAACGACAAAUUCGUGAUAUUCAGAGAGAAGAAAAAAAUGUGCAGAAAGCUAUUAAAGAAGCUGCUAAGAGGAAUGACAUUGGCUCUGCAAAGGCACUCGCUACAGAACUUGUGAGAUCUAGGAAAACAGUGAACCGUCUGUAUGAAAAUAAGGCACAACUGAACUCAAUAUCAAUGCACCUUGGAGAAAGUGUUGCAAUUGCUCGUACUGUGGGACAUCUAUCAAAGAGUGCCGAGGUUAUGAAGCUUGUCAAUAACCUCAUGAAGGCUCCUGAAAUGGCUGUUGCUAUGCAAGAGUUCAGCAAAGAAAUGACCAAGGCAGGAGUAAUUGAGGAGAUAGUAAACGAUGCUGUUGACUCAGCAUUAGAUUCUGAGGACAUAGAAGAUGAAAUAGAUGAAGAAGUUGAUAAAGUCUUAACUGAAUUAGCCGGUGAGACAGCCGCACAACUUCCUGAAGCUGUGAGGAAACAAAAGGUGAAGCAACCUGCUCAAAGUGCUGCAGAGGAGGAAGAUGCUAUAGCCGAGGGUGUUGAUGACGAAGAGGAAAUGGAAGAAAUUAGGGCCAGACUCGCUAAAGUCAGGUCAUAAACGAGUUUCUAAAAAGGUCACUUUAAAAACAUAUGACAGCGAGACGUAGAUUUAAAUUUAAAUUUCGCACUGUCAUAAAAAGUUAUACUUUCUGGUCUUGCAAUGCAGCCUCUACAUUGUGCCCUGAUAUAUAUUAUAAGAGUUGUUGACAUCUUUGUAUCCCAUUUGUAAUAUUAGUAUUGGAAAAGGUGACUUAUAUUACCAAUCGCAACAUAGCUAAUAUGUAAAUUACACGAAAUUCUUCAAAGUAUAUCAUGCUAUAGAGUUUUCAAGUUUAUAA